CUUACAGCCCGGAGGCUGGCACGCGCCUCCCGGAUCGAUCCUCGCGACGGCGCGGGCCGUGACGUCACCGCGCCGCGGCGCUGUCUCCCUGGAGUGGGGCGGUGACGUCACUCCCUCUGCCGAUGUCCGACACUACCACCAACAUUCACAGUCAACUUUUCAAAUCGGCCACCAGUUAAAUCCAGUAAUUCCCGCAACAGAACGCGCCUUUUCUUUCAUCCUUAUAUGAGUUGCAUCAGGGGCAGGAUCAAGAAUGCUGCGGUCAGUGAUAGCGUGUGCGAUUGUUUUCGCGGCCGUCUACGAUCCAUGUGAGGCCCAAGAAACCCAAAAACUAGUAUUCGAAAAGCCGAUAAGAGAUAUUCCCCAAGAACAACAAAUUCAAAAUACGGUUAGCAAAUCAUCAAUACAGUGCUAUGACUGUAACUCGAAGUUCGAUCCAAGGUGUGGAGAUCCUUUUGACCCGUACACCAUAGGAAUAGUGAAUUGCUCCGAAAAACGAUUGCCACACUUCCCAGUAUUGUGUAGGAAAAUCGUCCAAAAAGUGGAAGGUGAAACCAGGGUGAUUCGUGGUUGCGGUUACAUCCGAGAUGACCACGACGACAAGCAGUGUUUCAAGCGGACCGGUACUGCCAACGUGGAGGUGGUGCACUGUUCCUGCACGACCAGCCUCUGCAACUCAGCAAAUUCCAUCCAUCUCUCCUACCUAGGGUACUUUAGCCUCUUAGUUCUAGCAAUAUCGAACGUAAUAAGAUGUAUAGGGUGCUAUUAGCCAAUGCGUGUGUAUGAUCUAUUAUUAUCGUUAUUUGUUUGAUGCACUGCGCUGGUUGUCGUUCAUCUGUUACGGAACGAACGAAAAUGGAAUUUAAGCCUGUAUAAGAUUUUUCGGAUGAGCCUAUCCGCAACAGCGAGUACGUUUAGUAAACAAACACUUUAGAGGACGCCGACGGGAUCCGAACUCGCAUCUCCUCGAUUCCGUGGAGCUUAGCUAACAAAUUAAUCUACAGUACUAGCAGCCUAGCAGCUUUCAGGAUCGUCUAUUAGAGAGAAAUUCAAUCCUAUUCACGCCCGUGUUCCUCUGUUCUUUCAAAAUGCUUCAUUUGGCGGCGAACCAAGUCGGAUUGGUAAGAUAUCUCCAAUCUAUAUAGGUUACUGUCCUCGCACGGUGGUACCGUGAUAAGUGCUCACGAGACGGCGAGGUGCAACUAGAAAGCGAUUGGAUGUACCUGACAUCUAUGCAGACCGUGGGUCUCUAGCUCGUCUUUCCAACUAAAUGGGUCCUCACAGAAUGAGCCCAAACCUAUCCUGAUCAGAAAUUGUGAAUAAAAACACAGCUAUUUAAUAAAGGGGCAUUAAUAAUUAUUAUAGCUUUGGAAGUUUGUGUUUUUGAAUAUCAGCUACACAGUAAGUCACAUCCCCCCUUACCAGAAGGUUAAAAUGGCUGUCUGCUUUUGUAUAAGCGAGUAGCAAGUCCUUUGAUGACAUCACUGAGAGGAAGAAUAUUGACAUCUGAAUAUAGUGAAACAUACCAUGGACCUGCCGUGAAGGAGCGAAGAGCUCUGUGUUGGAUAACCUUUCACGUGUGCAUAUGCAUCUUAGUAACAAAGCACCAAGCCCCACACGCAUAUCUCAUGAUGGACCUAAUAAUGGAAUUGUGUAGUAGUAAUUUAUUAGAGGUUGACAUCCUCUUAGCAGGGGGUGGAGUCGUUUUAAAAUCCCCACAGCUCUGUUUCGUUCAGACAUAACAUGGAGCUUCCAGGUUAAACUUCUGUCAAUCAUCUAACCCAAAUACAAAAGUCACAAAAGUAGUUCUCCUCCUGAAGGCGGUCUACAACCCCUUAGGAGUGUAUUGACGUCUCCAGAGCGGUAUCAUCAGCGUAAAGGAAUACCUGUGUAUAUUUAAAACUAGGAAUGUCGGAGGUCAACAUUAGGUAUAGGGUGGGAGCAAGGAAGGAGCCUUGGGGAACUCCUGCCUUGAUGCUCCUCAACGAUGAAGGAUUACUAUCAAUUUUGAUUAGAAACUUUCUGGAUCAUAGUAAUUCAGAUAGCCAAAAUGGGCAAUUUCGGUGAAUAAGCCUGAUGCCAUACUUUGUCGAACGCUUUUGCUAUAUCUAGCAAUAAAAUACCACUACUCUGCAAGUGACCGUCUCAACCAGUCUGAUUGUCUGCAGCUCACUAGAGUGUUCUUUACGAAAGCUGAACUAUUCCUUCUGAAGGAUUUUUCCCUCCACAAGAAAAUCCUACAACCGCUCAAGAAUGACUCUCUCAGCCAGUUUACUAGGAAUAGAUAACAGACUAAUUGGCGGUAUUCUUGCGAAUUUGCCGUCAUUCCUUCCUUCAGUAUUAUUAUUACAUGUGCAACGUGCGUUGAUGUUUGCCGAUAUAGUCCGCGCAAUGCUAGGCAACCCAUUAUACAGAGUGGGGUACGAGCGCUUGUCUACCAAGCGGCAACACUGACAGCUGCUUGCUGUGGUGUUAAUUGAACGUAGUUGUUAGAUUGAUUCAACAUCUGUGAGAAAUAAGCUCAUUCGCCAAAUUAUCGUACAUUCAGCUAUUAUCCUACACAUAGUAUCGUACAUCGUACAGUACUUGAAAUUAUCGUACAGAAACGAUAAUUAUCGUACGUCUGGCAACGCUGUGUGCAACCUUCCCGAUUGGAGAUGCCCCACCAAUCCGUUUUGUUCCACUUACAUGCCACCAGAGGGGGCAUCGAGCAGCUUGAAAGAAAGAGGAGCAGAGGCGUGGUUAGAACCGAAUUUGCCUCUCACAGUCAAUCCUACAAGCUGCUUGGUAGCUGGCGCUGUAGCCUAAUUGGUUAUUUCCAUGGAAUAGAAGAAAUGCGAGUUCGGAUCACCCAUUUUCAUUUUCUUUCAAGUUAUCGUUUACUAAACAUGGAACUCAAGGUCAUGUGGAGUUGGAUGUAUGUUUUUUGAACGAUUUCGGCUUGAAUUUGAAAAAAAUAAGAUCAAACCUUGCUCAAAUUUGUCAUAAAAUCACUGCCAUGGUUCAAGAAAGAAUAAGUAAAUAAAUCAUAUAUAGAAGGUGAUAUGACAUUAUUCCUGCAAUAAAAUACAUGGAUUGAGUUUCUUCGUCCUCACCGAGAGCCUAUCAGAAGGAGAAAUCUCACCACGUACGAGUAUAUUAUUGGUGUAUCCUAUGUGGCAAGAUUCACGAACAUAUCCCUACUUGAUCCAAAUAAAUUUGAAUUUGUUUACUGGAGAGGCAAUCCAAAUAAAAUGUUUUUAACCCUGUCAUGUUUUAUAUGAGCUAUAAUGUAAGGGUAAAUAAAAACUAGCUCGGUGCAUCCGAUCAUCCCUCUUCAAUUCUUAUUUCGAUCUAUAAGAUCUUAGUUCCAAUUUAUCGAUUUAUACUAUUAUAGCCAAAGCCAAUUGCCCAAUUCUUUUGAUUUGAAUCAUUUGGGCAGUAGAAUGUUGACCUGACUUUACGUUCUUAGUAGCCACUCAGAACUCAAUCAAAAUAACCAAACUUUGUAAAUGAAUGUUUUCCUUAGUCUACAUAGCUAUGUUGAUUUAUUAUAAUGACGCGAAUUAUGAGAAAGAGAGGAUUGUUUAACUUGUGCAUCUGACGGAGUAGAGCUAAUUUUACACCAAACAUUGUUAUUCGCUAUAAUAUAGUCGAAAAUUCAUUAUCUAUAAAAGAACGAGGAACUGAUGAUUUCGGGCUUUUACUGUGCAACUCAUAAGCCCAUUGACUGAGAUGAAAAAAUUUGCAUUGCAGAGAUCAGUGGAAUAAAACGAUUACAUAUUUGGGUUUUUUGUGUCUCUAGCUCUACGUACGUAUAGAUGCAUUGUUUCAACAAUCAGAAUCAACUGACUAGGUAAUUUAUGUGCUAUAUAUGUAUUAUAUUUUCUGACAGAAAUACAUUUGAGAGCGAAACUCUCAAAACUCGUUUAUGAAGCUUACAUUUUAAGAUAAAGGCGCGACUUUAAAAGUACACUACGUAGAGAUAGAAAUGAAUAUAUAAGGAAUUGCAAAACUGCUUCAAAAUUCGUCACGAAAGAUUUUUGUUUUCUCACUCGAGUGAAUUUUCGAAUCGUUUUCAAUCAACAUAUCCUAUUUAUAAAAAUGUUAUCCUCAAAAAUGAGACUGCCUUAACAAUCAGAUAUUGCGUCACUUUUUACCGAUUUAUCACACCUCCAAAGUAACCUCAACAAGUCCGAUCUGGAAGCACGAAACUACUUUUAUCCGUAUUAUUAAACAAUCUAAAGUAACACAGUUUUAGAAACCUGUAGGCUGUAUCUAACGGCCGUAUCGUCAGUCCUUCCUACAAUUGGCCUCCUUGAUUUUGAUAGUAUUUUCUCACCAUCAGAAAGGCUGGGGUAUUUCUACAUUUCGACUGUUUCGCUCUUCUAUUAUGAUACAAUGUUUUCUUCUUGAUUUGUAAGAAAAUUCAGGCAUGAAAAAUUUUAUACAAAUAGAUAUUUGUAACAUAACCUCAAAACGUAAACGUAGGAAACGGAACAGUUGAAAUCUAUGAAAACCAAGGAGGCCAGAAAGGCGUCCUACAGUUCUGGGAACGACUGACGAAGUGACCCCAAGUUUAAGGUGAAGUUUGCAGAGUAUCGAGGUUAGAAACUUUUCAAACUGACAACUCUGUUUUGAUACUAAACUAGAUCAUUUAAAAAAUAAUCGGCUAGGGCACAACAUAUAGGUUUCAAGAAUAACUUCUGUUUUUAUAAAAUUAUGAACCACACUUUUGAGUAGUAAAAGAUACCUAUGCGAAACCCGCGUUAAGUAGCCCAAAGAAAUGUGUUUUUCCAGAAAGUACAUGUUGCAGAUAACGAAAUUAUUUAUGCAACUUCAGAAUUUCAGCAACCUCAACGGAUAUUCGUGACUUGUACGUAUUAAGUACAUUGAGAUUAUAUUUUUUGCAAAUAAAAUAAAAUGCUACUAACGAAGUUGACUAAAAUAGAAUUUGGAUCGACCAUCGGUCUAACAAGUUUCUUCUGACAUCUCGUCCAUAUUUAUGCCUUAAGGCAAUUAUUGAAGACGGUCAUAAUCAAGAAUGUCAGUUUUAUAUCGGAACAGCAACAGCUUGAACAUAACUAGUUACAAGCGGCUCUGCUUUAAUGACCAAGAAGGCUGGACCGCCCUGCCAGCAGGAACUAAGAUAUUAGUCCAGGUAGUACUUUCGUAUUUUUCUCCGAGGCACAUUCUGAUUCGGAUUUCUUAGUCGAAAAGCAAUAGCAAUACUAAGGACAGAAUAAAGCAUGGAAUGUUAUUCUAGAAUUUACUCGAAAUCCAAGAAACUUAUGGGAAAUAGGUUUGGUUUCAUAAUAUUGGAACUUACUGUUUAUUCGCUGAGGCCUUCUUCUAUGUUAGGAUGGUUGAAGCAGUCUCAAUUACUCAAAGACUAGCAAUCCCAAACCACGAUACUCGCAAUCGCUAAUGCAGCCGCAUUGACGCAAAUUUCGUGUCAGGUAAAAGUGAGAGGUAAAGAAUGUCACAGAUUCGGGUUGCCUAUUUGAAAUAUUAAAUUAAAAUAUUUGUCGCGGAAGGGUCUGAAACAUUGCAAAAUUUUGCGGCGAUUAGCUGCACAGUUUGGCGAUAAGUCAGUUUUAAGGAUGCAAGUUACUAAAACAAUCACAAAUCUAUUGGUCAAGUCAAGGUACUGAUAAUAUGAAGUAAUACGUCUCACUCUCUCAACAACGAUAGAACCAGCACAUAUUCGUGAGGAGUGCAGCUGGGAUUUUGCAGGUCGAGAAAAACUUGCUUGCGUUUCUUUCCGGAGGUUAAAACUUCAAAUUCAUUUGUAUAAACCAAAUAAAUCUUACUUCCAUUUUUUCCAAUUUAAUCCCAUUGUGUGAUGCCGCUGUUCCUCUUUUGCCUGCAUUGGAAACACAUUUGGUGGAGAUGCUAGGUUUAACCACCGAAUGUUUGCUCGCUUCUAUAUGUUAGUUUCUAGAAACGAAAUAAGCGUUUUUUUUUUUUUAACCCGGUCCUACACUUUCGACUUUGAACUGCCAUACUGUUUAUAUAUUUUAAGUAAUUUCCCAACAUUCCUCACACCUUCGAAUGUCUCCUUUAGCCUGCCUUCAGUGUCCAGACAGAAUUUAUUUUUUUUCUGGUAUCCAUUCUUGCAUGUAGUGGAAAUGUGAAAUUUUAUUUCACAGUCUCGUGGCGGGAAAAUGGAAGUGGGAUGCUAUGAAAAUUCGUUCAUUCCAGUAGUCGGACACAAUAUCACUGGCGAUGAUUAUUUGUUAUCUUUCGCUGCCUGUCCACUGGCUGGGGCUUCAGUUGUAUUUUGGUUUGUUUAAUUCCAAGAGAAAAAGUUUGAUGGUUUCUAAGUUGAAAGAGCUAAAGACAGAUAGCCAGCGGCCUCUCCAAUUUGAGCUGAUGCUAAAGUAUUAAGAUUAAUUCAUUUAGUGAAUUUUGAAGGUCUUCGGCAUAUGUAAAGGCGGGCUUACACGCUACGUCUUAUUCUACGUCUUGUGGGACAGGACAAAUCCUAUCCAAUAAAACGUGGCGUGUAAACAGCAAAACGUACGUCUUGCCGAAUCUAAAUAAAAUCCAAGUUUAUAAGGACAAAACGAAUCGCGUAGACUCAACUUCAGACAAGACGUCCGAUCUUGGCUCGGUUCACGAGUAGCUGCACUUCAGUUCGCUUCCUUUUUCUCCAAAAACCUAAUAAUGUCAGACUUACGGCAAUGCACCCACUAUUCUCCUGGGGAAUUCAUUGAAGUGCGUAAGUUUUUCGUAUUUCUGGCAAGUGAAAAAUAAAGAAUAUAGUGACCGUGUUUGUGAUUGUUACAAAAAAAAUAAUCUCGUUGAAAUCGAUUUACAAAAAAGAGUUGAAAAAAGUGAGGGCAUCAAAAAACUCUGUUACUAACUCCAGCAAUUGAUAAUAGGCUGAGGUGUCCAUUCGCAAAUAAUUCGCAAGUUCGCUCCUCAGUUGUAUCAAUAACGAGACGUGGGAAUACCAGCUUCUUUUCAGAAUCCAUUCCCUUGACCAUCUUGUCUUUUUUUCUUCAUCCCUUUUCCUCUCAGUCGUUGUAUCAUUAUAUUUGUAUCCUCCAUAAUAAAAAAAGGUCUCUCAAAAAAUGCACUAACCAAACUGCACACAACUGAAGAGUCUAGAUUGGAACUGUAGUAGAAAGCGGAAGGUAAAACACGUAGUGUGUAUACACUGGACAAAAUCGACGUUUUGUCGUACGUUUUGUAUGCACGACAAGACGUGCAAUAAGACGUAGCGUGUAAACCCGCCUUAACAGGAACAGCAAAACGUACGUCUUGCCGAAUCUAAAUAAAAUCCGAGUUUAUAAGGACAAAACGAAUCGUGUAGACUCAACUUCAGACAAGACGUUCGAUAUUGGCUCGGUUCACGAGUAGCUGCACUUCAGUUCGCUUCCUUUUUCUCCAAAAACCUAAUAAUGUCAGACUUAAGGCAAUGCACCCACUAUUCUCCUGGGGAAUUCAUUGAAGUGUGUAAGUUUUUCGUAUUUCUGGCAUGUGAAAAAUAAAGAAUAUAGUGACCGUGUUAAAAAACGUCGCGUGAGGAUCUUAUAAAAAAUACGAAGAAAUAGAAUGUAUGUCAAAUGAAGAGAUCGUUACGAAAAAAAAUAAUCUCGUUGAAAUCGAUUUACAAAAAAGAGUUGAAAAAAGUGUGGGCAUCAAAAAUCUCUGUUACUAACUCCAGCAAUUAAUAACAGGCUGAGGUAUCCAUUCGCAAAUAAUUCGCAAGUUCGUUCCUCCGUUGUAUCAAUAAUAAGACGUGGGAAUACCAGAAUCCAUUCCCUUGACCAUCUUGUCUUUUUUCUCUUCAUCCCUUUUCCUCUCAGUCGUUGUAUCAUUAUAUUUGUUUCCUCCAUAAUAAAAAAAUGUCUCUCAAAAGAUGCACUAACCAAACUGCACACAACUGAAGAGUCUAGAUUGGAACUGUAGUAGAAAGCGGAAGGUAAAACACGUAGUGUGUAUACACUGGACAAAAUCGAAGUUUUGUCGUACGUUUUGUAUGCACGACAAAACGUACAAUAAGACGUAGCGUGUAAACCCGCCUUAACAGGAACAGUAUUUAUAUAUUGUCAGCUGACGAUUCUACUUGAUUUUAAAGCCUAUGUCAUUCCCUACACAACUGACAAAAAUUGAGGAAUUGGAUCAGUUGGUGAGUCUGGUAUCAAUUACCAGCAAGUAUAGGAUUUCAAAUAAGUUUUUACCAAUAACAUAACAUUUGUCCGACUACUGGUAAUGUCCGGGUUAUUGACCCAUUCACCCUACAUGCAAAGAUACUACCUGGAUUAUAUUCUAUACUCCGCUAACUUUAUACCAUCAAAGUUUAUAGGACACUGGUAUUAGAUAAUCUGUGUUGAAUCGACAUCAAUUAGCAUAAUAAUUAGCUGUUCACGAUCCCAGUUGAAGGAUAACACGCUGCCACUGCCGAAUUGAGGCCCUAUAGGCCAAACAGUAUACUUGCUUAGCUAUUUUACGUUUCAGGUGGAAAAAUAUACUUGACCUAGCAAAUUUUCAAAUUUAUUUUGCAUGCCUAUGUUCUCAAAAACCCCGAAAGCCUCAAUAUAUGUAUAUAAGAUAUGAGAAUAUGUAAAUCUUUAUAUAUGUCAUCAGCAUUCUUGUUUUUUAUAGAGUUUAAAAGCUAAUUACCAUAUUUAAGUAAAGUGAAAUCUGUGGAGACAUACAGGGUCUGAUACUUCUUCUUCUGAGUUAUAAAUACGUAACUGAUUUUUUCCAUGGAAUAUGUAUGUGCAAAAAUAAAUGUUAUUUUAGUAUUGUAAAACUUCUAGUAUGGAAAAUAUUUGUUUAAAAAUAGUUACAACCACGCUAUUUAGGAAAACUCUUGAAAGGAAUCAGAGAAUAUAGUUAUUUAUCUAACAAGUGCGGAACGUCUUACUUUUCGUCGACGAGAAGCGGAGUGUCAGGUAUAAGUUCUUAGAAUCUUAGAUACGUACCAUGUUUUAUUAGAAAUUUAAUAAUUGUGAAAUCAACAUCAUCAAUAAUUCAUUUAUAAUAAUCGUUAACAUUAUUAAAAGUAAAAGAACAGCUAUUUGGAUUAUGAAAUCGUGCAGUAAAAGUUCUGCGUGAGGAAAAGUGUCACUUUGUGCUCGCAUAAGCGUGUUGAAAAUGAGUACUUUCCGCAUGCUGGUAGAAAAAACAAUUAAUGAAUUAGUAUUUGGAAAAAUGUGGAAUUUAUCUACCUUCGCAAUAUUUGUUAGUAGAUAUGUCUCAUCGAGUGUACCAUAGAAGUAGCAUACUUCUUUUUAUAUUUCUACUAAAUAGUCAAGAUGUUUGCAAUAUUGAUGUCUAAUAAUUAUAAAAAGGGGCAUAAGCUUGUAAUAUGCCUCUGUAUACUGGGUAUAUCAAUCGUCUUCUUCUUGUUAUCAUGAAAUAAGGAAAUAUUCUAAAUUGUGUAUAAGAUGCCAUUUGGUUAGUUGCCAGUCUUGGGCAACUGAAAUUCAAAAAACAAAAAGGCUGUGAAUGCAGAGAUAUUGUUUCAUCAGAGGCAUUUCGUUUGAAAAUUUCAAGCAAAUCUUUCAUCGGAAAAUAUGUUCAUGAUAAGAAAAACUAUUUUCAUUAGAUACUAUUCGAAACAUAUUAUUUUUUCGAGGAUCUCAAAAAGAUAUGUUACACUCAUUAAAUCUAGGGUAUUCGAAAAAUGUUUUGAUUGGUCUUUUUGUUACUUCCAUAUAAGGAAUCCGUAACCGUUAAGUACAAAAUUUACCCUAACCUAAUGUUGAAGUAUUGGAAUUGAAAGAAUAUCUUAAAUGCUAUUUUCCUUAGUAACGCUGUGUAUAUAUUAAUAAAGUGGAUAUAUAUACUAUGCUAUUUUGUAUCUCUUCAAAUGUUAUUUUUGCAAAACGGCAAAGCACGCUGACCUUUUUCUCUUAUUUGUACUUAAUACGUUCAUAUAAUAUGUAUGUGUUAUAGAAAUAAAGGUUGUACAUUUAUUAAA